AUGCUAUUAUGUUGCAUUAAAGAAGGAACAGAUGCCUAUUCUAAGUUUAUCAAAGAUCGAUUAAGAGGCAAGACAACUUAUAUCCAUUCAACCAUUAACAGAAUCAAGUUUAAGUACUCAAAGAAAACCUCGCGUUUGACUUCCAAACUGGACAUCAAGGAAGAAACGAUAAAAGUUCUGAUGUAUGUAGAAUAUGCACGUCACUGUGGUUUCACCGUUGAAGAGCUACUCCUGCAUGAGAUUACCAGUUCAGCUUUCUUUUUGGUUGACAAAGAUGGUUUUUUAAGGAAGAGCACGAAAUCUCAACUUGGGUCUGAGUUAUUGAAGUUGUGUCCACAAAUCAAUCCCAAAGAGCAAGAAACAACUCCAUCGACCAACACGUAUAUCAUUGAUUGUAUGGCUUUGGUUAGAAAAGUCCCCUUGAAGAAACUUGAACCACCUGUGAAGACAUUUCAUGAUCUUGCUGUUGCCUUGACUGCUAUGAUCACCAACACCACAAGCAACUGUGAAGAGAUCCACAUUGUUUUCGAUACUUAUAAAGAAGACAGCAUCCAGAAUGUGGAAAGGAAGAGAAGAGGGAAAUGUAAACAAAUGGUCGUGCUUGAUGUUAUAUCCCCGAAUCAGAAAGUUCCAGUUGUAUUAGAAAACGUCUGGGCUUCUUCCGUCAGCAAAAUGGCUUUCCAGGCUUUCUACGUUGAGUGGCUUACUACCAAUUACCAAGGGAAUAAAGCACUUUAUCUUGGCAUAUCUCCAAAGGCGUGGCGUGUUUCAAGUGGACGUGCUUUGACGUUUCCUCGUCUGGAUUGCACACACGAAGAAGCAGACGAUCGGAUGAUGUUUCGCAUACAGGAUAUUCUAUGCCACUGAACUGACCCAACCACAUUACCUUAUUGUCAGGCGAUACUGAUGUCUUUGUAUGCUUGUUAUAUCAUCUUUCAAAAAAUUGGCUUCAUGAAGAUCGCAUAGAACUUUGGCUUAUCCGUAACUCAGGUGUGAAACGAUCAAUUUUACCCCUCCAUGAAAUAUGUACCACCCUUGGUAGAGAUUUACUUAAAUGUCUUCCAGCACUUCAUGCACUAACUGGGUGUGAUACAACCAGCAAAAUUUCAACGAAACUUUCAGCACUGAAUACCGUUCGCAAACCUGACGAUGCUUCCUUGAUAAUAAACUUCGAUUGUCCACCACCAAUAACAGACAACGCGAUAGAGCUUGCAGAAUUAUUCUUGUUUAAGUGCCUGAAACCAUCAACUGAAUUGGAAACAUUUGAUGAACUACGUCUUGCUGCAUUUGACAGUAAUUCUCUUAAAUUGGAUUUCAAGAAAACUGUUUGCACUUCAACGGAUGCAUGGAAACAUAUUCAAAGGAAUUACUACCAAAUGCAACUGUGGAUUCAAGCCCCAUUUAGAGAUGCUUCUCUGCUUAUGAAUGCUGAAUCUUACGGUUUCGAAAGAAUUGACAGGGAACUAGUUCCUGAGAUU